UCAGGUUCCGUUUUGCUAGGUAGAUACAAAGUUGGAAAAAAAAAUACGUUUUGAAUCUUAUGUUGCCGACGACGCGCGACGAGUUGCCGUGACGACGGUAACGUUGUAUCGAAAAGGCCACAAAGUCCAAGUUGUGAUUAAAACAAACAUCAUUGUCUGCACUUGAAGCUUUGUUCAAACGUUCACCAUGCCCUUUGAGCACAGACGAGGAGCUGGGAGUCAUGCUACCACCAACCUGUGUCACCGACAGCGCUCUCGGAGGCGAAUUGCUGCUGUUUCCUUCCUCUCCAAUAUAUCUUUAGAUGGUUCUCACCAAGACACAAACUUGCGGCAAUUUAACAAAAUAUCUUCUUCAGAAAAAGCUGAAAAAGACAAAGGAAAUAAGAAAACUUUAGAGAUCCCAGUAGAAAAAGUUAUGUUUCAACACAUUUCCUUAGAGACUGUGAAUGAUGUUGAGCCUAAUAAUGUAAAGGAAGUGCCUGUCAGAACCAGGACAGUAACUCCAGAUAAAGUUAAGCGUAAGCAAUCAAAUAACAAUGCACCUUUUACUCAGAGAAUUACUCUCAUUGUUAACCGUACUUAUAAUCCAAACAUCACAUCAAACAUAGGACCUCUUGAUGCAAAUGCUACUCUUGUUCAGAGCAGUUCAAGUAAACGCUCUCAUGUAGUAACCACUUUUGAAAAGUGUGCCAAUGCAAGCAUGCAAGUUGUUACCAAAGUCAGGUCUUUUACUGGUCGUUCUAGUUUGACUCGGAAUUCUAUGAGCAUUAGCAACCACUCCAUUUCUAAUGGAAUUCCUUUGAUUGAAGAAGAAGCUCCUGAAACAUUCAACAAGUGCUCAAAACGGAAGACAGUUGAUAAAGAAAAUUUGGGCCCUUCUGGUAGUCACCGAGCCAGGAUUGAUGGCUCUGCUUUUGAGUGGGAAAACGUACAGAAGGAAAAGACCUCAGCUCAUUGCCGAAAACUCAGUUCCAACCCCUUGGCUGCUGCUGGCGACAAAGGCUUCAGCAGUUGUGAGAGCAUCGAGCCUGCAUCUGCACCUCCUGGUCGGAAGCCAUCAUGCAGCGUGUCAGAGAGCAGCAGCAGCAACGCCACCUCGGGCAUCAGGGACGUGAAGUUUGUGCGCGUAUGUGGCAGCAGUGACGGUCACCGCAGCUCAUCAGGCUCCUCCACUACAGCUGGUGGAGGCUCGGUCGUUUGCUCUCGUGCCUCGCUGGCCGCAUGCCUCGCUAAACAGGCCAGCGAGGGCAGGGUGCUGCUUACCACCGGCAGGGGCGCGCCACUCCACGUCUUUUCUCUCGUCCAUGAUAGGAGUUUCACGUGA